UAUAUAUGGAGAAGGUCUGUGCUGGUAUAAAUGAACUCAAGACGUAAAACAGAGUCUCUUUUAUUGAAGUGACACUGCUGUUCUGAGGGAGUCAAUAACGAGCAUGGCAGAACAGGCAUUUGUCACUUUGGCCACAAACGAUAGCUAUGCAAGAGGAGCUAUGGUGCUUGGGAAAUCCCUUAGGAACCACAAGACUUCAAAAAAGCUGGUGGUGCUCGUCGGACCCCAUGUGUCUGAUCAGUCAAGGGCGGUUCUUCAUAAGAUCUUCGAUGAAGUCAGGCUAGUGGAUGUGUUGGACAGUGGGGACACAGCACACUUGGCCAUGAUGAAGAGACCUGAUCUGGGUGUCACUUUCACCAAGCUGCACUGCUGGACUCUCACACACUACUCCAAAUGUGUGUUUAUGGAUGCAGACACACUGGUGGUAUCAAACAUCGAUGAGCUGUUUGACAGAGAGGAGUUGUCAGCAGCUCCAGACCCCGGCUGGCCUGAUUGUUUUAACUCUGGUGUGUUUGUGUUUCGCCCGUCCAACGAAACCUACGGCAAACUUCUGCAGUAUUGCACAGAACACGGCAGCUUUGACGGAGGGGACCAAGGAGUUCUGAACGGCUUCUUCAGCGACUGGGCAACAGCCGACAUCAACAAACACCUUCCUUUCAUCUAUAACAUGAGCAGCAUAGCCAUCUACACUUACCUUCCUGCGUUUAAACAAUAUGGUGCAAAUGCAAAGGUUGUGCACUUCCUGGGCCAGAUGAAGCCGUGGAGCUACACGUAUAACCUCACGCAGAGGACACUGAGAGGGGACGUGCAGGCCUCGUCUCAGCCCGGCUUCCUGCUGCAGUGGUGGGCUCUGUACAGCGCUGAGGUGCUGCCCAUGCUGGUCAGAGAGUAUGGAGACCAGCCCUUCAUCUCCGGCUGUGAGGAGGAUGCUGCGGCGAGCGAGGAGCACGUUCAGCCGCUCAUGUCGUCAGCGGAGCGCAAGCAGAGGUGGGAACAGGGCCAGGCCGACUACAUGGGAAUAGACUCUUUUGACAACAUUCAGAAAAAGCUUGACGUUUUCCUGAAAUAAAAAGUCAAACUGUCAAAAACACAUAGAAAUUUUAAGGGGAAUUCAACUAUGCAACACUCGCAGUCUGCUAACUCAUCACGCUCUUUGUCUUCAUUUAUUGCCAGAACUUUGCCUUUAAACCUCAUGCAAAAUGUGAAUUCUGAAUGCGCAUGCGAUUUCACGGAUCAGUUUUGGUCCGGCUUUGUCUUUCAUAAGUUUCCAUGUUUUAAAGAUGAACUUGUCUUUUUUUUUCUUUCUGGGGACUUAUACUGACACCUAGUGGUGUGGAUUUCUGAGCAUGCAAUAGAAAUAGUUUCAAUACCAAUCCCAAUGUACAAAUUCUCAAUUUUCAGUGAUUAAUAUAUACAUUUUACAUACAAAACCCAGCUACUACUGAGGUGACAUGUUCAAUGUACAUAAACCAGCUUUUAUCAAACUACUGUCGUAACUGCAGUGUUUCAUCUCACAUGUACAUGAUUUUAAACAUUUAAACAGUCAUUUUCAUUUCUUUCGGUAUGACGUUUUUUUUACUGAGGAAAAAAGGAACGUAGUGCACCUUUAACUAGAGCAAAUCAUGUUGCCAAUACCAGCACUUUUAAAUAAAACUACAUUCUUAAGCGGUUAUAGUUUUAAGCAAAAGCUUCUCUUUCUCUCCCAUAAUCACCUGUUGUUGAUUAUGUGCCUUAAUGUUCACUUUUUAAGGGCUUGAUGUUCUUGAAUGUCUGCUUGAUCUUAUGUUUUAUCUUAACAUGUUUACAUUAUGUUCUCUGGUUUACAGUUGUUGUUAUUGUCUUCUCAUUCACAAUCUAUUCUCACAAAUCUUCCUUUUUUAUAUCUUUGUCUGUUUUUCUUUUGUACCUGUUUCCUUUUAUUCAGUGUUACAGGGCCUUUGUCUGCUCCGGCUAAAAAUAAAGCUUUUA